GGGAAAAGUCUUGCUCAUCCUGUUUUUUGCCCUUUGCAUGUUCAUAAAAACAAACCAAACAAAAAAACACCACUGCUACGUACAACAACACUCUCUUCUGUCUUAAGAGCUUAGUUUCACUCAACAAACUUCGAAUCAAUUGUUUGUGACUUUGUUUCAGGGGUUUUCACUUAGAUUUAAUUUUUAUUUUUUCAUUUGCAGAAAACCCAUUUUGGUUUUUUGUUUCUGGGAUUGAAAUUACUUGAUUUCAUGAAAUGAUUUUUUUUAAUGUGGGUGCCCAGUGGGGGCAAGGGUGAUAAUAGCAAGUUUGUCUGGAAGUGAGUAAGAAGAUACGAAAUAUAGAGAGAGAAGGGAAGGGAAGGGAAGGGAAGGGCCGUUCAUGCUGCUCUCACGCACCAUCCUAUGUCGUUAUGUGGCAAAUGGAUUGGGUCCACCGACCUGUAGGCCUAACCUUCUUCUCUCAUCUCUCUCCUCCUUUUCUCUCUCUCUCAAACUCAUUUAAUUUUUAUUUUGUAAUUUGAAAGAAAUGAGUAAAAUCAGGUAAAAAAAAAAUAAUUUAUUAAAAAGAAAAAGGAAAUCUGCUGAAAGGGUAUAUGUGUUAGUGUAUCUGCAUGACACCAAAUCAGAGAAGAAACAUCACUUUGUUCACAAUUUGGCCUUUAAAAGGAAGAGAAAGAAACAGUAGAGGAAAACAAGAAAAGCAGCAAAAUGACCAUAGGUUAGGUUUUGUUUUAUUUUAUUUUUUCUCCUUUCUCUUGAAUCUUCAACUUCCUUUGAUUUCAGUUUGUUUUUCAGAUAUUUGCCUUUUUAGGAUUUUCAUUAAUCAAUUCUACUCAAAAAGCUUGAAUCCCCUGUUCUCAGCCUUUUCAGAUAAGAUUUCAUAGACCAAACAAUUUCAAUGUGGUGUUGAUAAUGGAUUUUUUGAGGAGAAGAUAUUGUAAGCUGAGACAGAUAUAGCAAAAAAAAAAAAACUUUUUGAAGAAAAGAAGUAGAAAACUGCAAGAAGGCCAGAAGGGUUUGUUUAGAGAUGGCUGCAUCUUCCUCCUCAGGGCCUUUCUUCGGAAUUAGAGAAGAAGAUCAAAACCAGAUGAAGCAACACCAUUCUUCAACGCCAACUUCAUCUACAGGGCCGGCUCCACCGCCGCCUCCUAAGAAAAGGAGAAACCAACCUGGAACACCAUAUCCAGAUGCGGAAGUGAUAGCACUAUCUCCCAAGACCCUAAUGGCAACAAACAGGUUCAUUUGUGAGGUAUGCAAUAAAGGGUUCCAAAGGGAGCAAAACUUACAGCUCCACAGAAGAGGACACAACCUGCCUUGGAAGCUAAGGCAGAAAACAACAAAAGAAGUGAAGAGGAAGGUUUAUCUCUGCCCUGAGCCCACAUGCGUCCACCAUGACCCAUCCAGGGCACUUGGUGACCUUACUGGCAUCAAAAAGCAUUACUCAAGAAAACAUGGUGAAAAGAAAUGGAAGUGUGAGAAGUGUUCCAAGAGGUAUGCCGUGCAAUCUGAUUGGAAAGCUCAUUCAAAGACCUGUGGCACGAGAGAGUACAGAUGUGACUGUGGCACUCUCUUCUCAAGGCGUGACAGCUUUAUCACUCACAGGGCAUUUUGUGAUGCACUGGCUCAGGAAAGUGCAAGGCACCCUCCUUCCUUGAACUCCAUUGGAAACCAUUUAUAUGGAAGUAGCAAUAUGAGCUUAGGCUUAUCUGAUGUGGGAACUCAAAUUUCAUCGAUACAAGACCAAAAUAAUCAGACUGGUGACAUUCUAAGACUUGGUGGUGGUGCCAGGAGUACCCAAUUUGAUCAUCUUCUCCCUCCAUCAAUGGGAUCGUCAUCGCCGUUUCGAUCUCAACAACCAAUGGUUUCUUCAGCUGCUUUCUUCAUGCAAGAAUCUAACCAAAAUUUCAAUCAAGAACAUCAACCUCAACAAGGAUUGUUGGGAGACAACAAAUCAUUCCAAGGACUAAUGCAGUUUCCUAAUAUGCAAAACAACACAAGCAACAAUCCUUCAGCAGCCAAUCUCUUCAACCUUAGCUUCCUUUCCAAUAGUAGCAACACAAACAGCAUCAAUAACAGCAACAAUGCCAAUACAGCCAACAAUUUAACAUCUUCAGGUUUGCUAAUCUCUGAUCAUUUCAACAAUGAAAAUAGUGGCGGUGGGACAAGCGAAGCCUCAAAUCUCUUCUCAAACAACAUAAUGGGCGAUCAAAUCACCUCCAACAUCCAUUCUCUCUUUAGCUCAUCGGUUCAAAACAAUAAAAUGGUACCCCAAAUGUCAGCCACCGCAUUGCUUCAAAAAGCAGCUCAAAUCGGCUCAAGUUCAAGCAACAACAACAACAGCGCCUCUCUUCUGAGAAGCUUUAGUACCUCUUCCCCAAGCGGAACCAAACCCUUAAACAUUGGAGGCAUUUUGGUAGAUAGCACUGGCAGCAAUCUACAUGAACUAAUGAACUCCAUAGCAAGUGCUAAUUCCUCCAUUUUUGGAGGUGGGUCUGGUGGAGUCAAUACAUAUAGCACUGGACAUGGUCAAGAAAACCCUUAUAUAAAUAGAAGUAGAAUGGAACAAGAAAAGCAGCAACAGCAGCAAAAUUUGAAUGUUAGCGUUGGUGGGUCAGACAGAUUAACUAGAGACUUCCUUGGGGUUGGGCAAAUAGUCAGAAGCAUGAGCGGAGGAGGGGUUUCUCAAAGGGAACAACAGACACAGCAGCAGCAGCAACAACAACAACAACAACAACGAAUGGGGUUAAGCACCUUGGGUUCAGAGAGAAAUACUAAUAUUACGGCGCCGACAGGCCAACGAUCGUUUGAAGGAGGUGGGAAUUUUCAGUGACGAAAGAAAGAAAAAAAAAUAUAUGAAGAAAGUACAAAGAUAUUGUUCCAUGGCAAGGCCUUUUUGCUCUUAUCUGCCUUUUUUCGAUAUGUCAAGUGAACAACUUGGAGAAGUGGAGGCCAUAGGGGUUUUCCGAACCUGAUCAUCUGAUCAUCAAUCAGCAAAGGCAGCUAAUGAACCCUUAAAUUCUAAGCUGUACUUGUAUGAAAACUUUCUUUCUUCCCUUCAACUGUUAAUUGGGAAUGAGUUUCCAAUCAGUCCCAAGCUACAAUCUUUUUCAUAUUGUGGAUGGUGACUUUAGCUAAACAAAAAUCUUGUUUCCUUUUCAAUUAUUUCUAUUUUGUGUCAUCAUUGUAGAUUAAGGGAUCAGAUGCCGUUUCUUAUUCCUCCGGAUAUGCUCUCAAACCAAUACACAUGCAAAUAUAUCCUUUUUUUUUUCAAAUAUU